AUGGAAGUCAAUUUACCCAUUGUGGAUCUUGAUGCAGUUGAUUUAGAAGAUCUUACAAUUUCAAAUACUACAUUCCUCAUUGAACUACAUCCAUUGAGAGAAGAUAUACUUGAAGAAAUUAAAGAAGGUUAUUCUCAAGAUGAACAAGCUCGUGAAAUUUAUCACCAUCUUUCAAAUCAAUUAGAUCCACCGAAUACAGAAUUAAGAAAUUUAAUUAUAGGAAUGGUAUUUUAG